UAGGGUGCUUGAUAUGGCGCGCAUUUACCAGUUGUAUUCGAUCACCAUGGCUUGACUUUGUACAACGAUCUCCAUCACUGCGGCUGACAGUGGAAGGUGGGUGGCCGCUUUGAUUCAGGAGAGACCAGCUCAUAAUGGCCCUCACGGCAAAAAUCGAGAACGGCAUUGUGUAUUCACCUUACCCACCUUCAGUAAUUCCCGAAAUUUCCGUGUAUGAGGCCGUCAAGAGGUUCCUACAGAAAUGGGGACAGAAAGUUAUACUGGUCGAGGGAGACGUCUCUUUGAAGUGCGAUGAACUGUUGCUGCACAUACAACGGGCUGCUGCAGGAUUCCAGGCCCAUGGAGUAAAGCGUGGCGAAUGCGCCACGAUUUAUUACGGAAAUACCAUAGCAGGCGUGAUUGCUGGGUUGGGCCUCGUAGCAGCCGGUGCCACACUUCACCUAGCAAAGGCAUUGUAUAAUUUAAAAGAGCUCACGUAUGAAGUUAAGGACAGCGGAUCGUGUUAUCUAGUUACCGAUAAACGUCACACGGACAUAGCCACUCAGUUGGAUAAGGAACACAAACUAAAGGCAAUGUUCACAAUCGACGGCGCUAUACCAGGAUUUGUCAACGUGGAAGAUUAUCAAACAUUAUCCGAGACAACUUUCAAAGAGGUCCAGGUACCAGAUACGCGCAAAGAAAUAUUGGCAAUCUUGUACACAUCAGGCACUACGGGCUUCUCGAAAGGUGCAGAGAUGUCUCACUACGCAUACGUGAACAACAUCACUAAUGCUGCGUACCUUAUACCUGCUACAGACACAGACGUCUUCCUCGCUUCGAGUCCCUUCACGCAUCUGUCCGGUUUUGUGUUCACAAUCACAACGAUGUCUCUCGGAGCAACGAUUGUUAUUGGACCUGCCGGCAGCACCUUCCAGUCUUUCUAUGAGGUCGUCACUAAGAAUAAUGUGUCUUCUGUUUUCUUGUUCCCUACGAAACUUCGUUGGCUCACUCGCACGAUGGAAGAAACGGCAAUGAGGACACCGACAGUGAAGAAGAUCUGCACAGGCGGCGGUCCCGUACAGAGUGACUUGGCCGCUAAAGUCAUGGAAAUAUUUAAGUUGCAAAAGUUCAAAAACCUCUACGGCCUUACCGAAUCGUGUGGUCUAGUAUGCGGUACCCUCAACGAGGACAUCUCUUACCAGUCCAUGGGCUAUCCUGCACCGGGGGUGGAAAUCAAGAUUGUGCACGCCAUCUCAAAGAAAGUUUUGGGUCCUGGUCAAAAAGGAGAACUGGUUGUUAAAAUUCCUAACGUUAUGAUUGGCUACCGUAACAGGCCUGAAGACACAGCCAAGGUUCUUCAGGAUGGAUGGCUGUUCACAGGCGACUGUGCAUACUACAACGAGGACGGAAAAUUCUUCUUUGUGGAGCGGUUGAAAGAGAUGAUAAAGUGCCUCGAUCACCAAGUAACGCCAGCAGAACUGGAAGAUGUACUUCAGCAGCACCCUUCGGUGGCUGAAGCUGCGGUUGUAGGAAUUCCGAACCCACUUUAUGGAGAAGCGCCAACGGCUUUCGUCGUUCUCAAGCCCUCUCAUACGGCACUGAACGUCGUCAAGCCAGAUAUGCUUCAACAGCAUGUUAACAAAAGCAGCGCCGAUUUCAAGCACUUAUAUGGUGGAGUCCACAUUGUGAGGGAGCUGCCCAAGACUGAAUCCGGAAAAGUGGCACGAUCGCGCUUGAAACAGAACCCACCCCAAAGCCCCCAGUGAGCUCCACCUUUCCACGCAAGAACAACGCAUCAAGGGCGAAGAAAAAUUGUUUGUCCCAUCAUAAAGCUGACGGCUGGUGAAUUGCAGAAAUCAACAAAGGCCGUAUAGAAUA